GAGCCCCAAGACGCCUCAUCAAGGGCAGCUGACGAUCCUCGUCAAGUACGUGAAGUUCCAGGGCUAUUACAUCAUGGAGGACUACAACGUGAACCCCCGCAUCACGGUGUCCCUCAGCCAGGAAACAACUGGAACAGAUCGCAACUGGGUGGACAUCAAGCGAUGGGACCCACGUGGGGUCUUCAAGAAAGAUGCCGUGUCCGUGACCCAACAGGGGGCAUUCGGUGGCGUCAUCCUGUUCGAGCGGACCAUGAAGAAGAAGACGUAUGGAGGCGGCAAGGAACUUGGGCAGUGGAUCCGGCAUGGUGACGGCCAGGGCUACGUGCCCGGUGAGGGCAAGGAAAGCGGCAAAUGGGAGUGGAACAAGACCUGGGGUCUGCAGCACUCCCCGCCGGAUCUCCGGGUUCACCCUGACUUUGUGCAGAACGAGUCGCGCAGGAACACGAUUGACAUGACGGGCGUCCGGCUUAUCGUCUCCCAACUCUUGCAGAGGUGCCUGCUGAACAUGUCCAACAGACAGGCUCUCCUGAUUGCAGAUAGCAUCUUCAAUCGCGCCGGGGCUGUGCCUGGUAUUGCACAAGCCGUUCUCGUGAAAGCGAGCAACGCCGAUUUCGGUGUUUACGCGGACAAGAGGACUUGGCUUUGUGAGCAUGGCUUGGCGCAGAUCCUGGAGAAGCUUACUACUGCGCACCCCUAUGUGGACGUGACAAAGGAGAUUGUUCUGGAGCACGAGCGGCAGGUGUCUUGCAACGGUGGCAACAUCAACCUCUUCGCGUCGAGCUACAUGAAGGAGAAGCUCAACUUAAGCGCAAUGGGGAUUUCCGACCCCUAUGUGAAGGACAACAAGGUUCUGUUCAUCCGCUACAUCCGUGCUGGUGACGGCCAACGAUGCACACAGGCCGUCGCGGUUGACCCGGAUGGCAGUGUGACGCCUGAUUCGGAGGUGAAGAUGGACCUCCUCGCCACCGAAGGUCCCAGCGAUGAGGAGCUCGUUCCUGGAAAGCGUCUCUACCUCACCUACGAGGGUGCGAAAAAGCACAACCUCAACAGCGCUGAGAAAACCUGCUUCAAAAGGAUCUCCACGAGUACCAUUGGAGACAAGACGAGGACUGUGGUGCACCUCGAGUUACCGAACGUCCUGGACAGCUUGGACAUUCCCAAAGAGAUUAGUGUCGACCUCGUGGACAUAUGGGAGUGGGAGCGCAUUCCUUUAAAGCAGGUCUACCUCGACGGUGCGAAGGUCAAAGUGAAGAAGGUUUCCACCACAGCCCUAAAGACCAGCGUAGAUGUCGAGCUGCUGGAGAGACGGGAAGUUACACUCAACCCGGAGCACAUACAGGUGAAGUUGGACCUUCGCGUCCCUGCCGGUCAAAGUCAGCAGGUGCUUGCCCCUGGAACACGUGUCCAUCUCACGAACGAGGGCGCACGCAAGCACAACGUUGCCGCCACUGAGAAAGCGCUUGUUCAGAAGGCCUUCAAUGAUGAGCAGAAGACCAUCGUCCACCUCCAGCUGCCGGACAAGAAAGACGAGAGUGGAGUUUCCAAAGAAAUUCAAGUGGACCUUGUGGACAUUACUGCCAAGGAAUGGGAGAGUGUUCCUUCAAAGCAGGUCUACCUCACCUCCCAGGGCGCACAAAAGCUCGACAUCUCCGGCAGUACAGUUUCAAGGGUCACGGUCACGGUGAAGAAGGUUUCCACCACGUCAAACCAAAAGACCGACAUGCUCGUCGAACUGUUAGUCCCCAAAGAAAAAACAGUCGACCCGGCGGACUUACAGGUGAAGCUGGACCCCUCUGCAGAGCAGGGUGAGGAGGGGCCUCGUCACACCAAAGCAGUCGCUUUGGGCUGUUUGGUUCAGCAGGUUUGGGGUUCAGGUGCAGUCUGUGUCCUGUCGUUGCGACGCAUGACCCUGUUAAUUGACCGCAAGCAGACCUCUGGGCCCAAGCUCCAAGGUAUCUGUUUUGUGCUUUGUGGCUUGCAGGAGUUUGCUCCUGGAAGACGCGUCUACCUCAGCUACGAGAGCGCGCGCAAGCACAACGUCGACAGCAAUGACAAGACCUAUGUGAAGAAGGUUGCGGCUGCGAAAGACAACAAGAACAAGACCAUGGUAUACCUCGAGCUGCCGGACGAAAAGGAAGUGGCUGUCGAGCCUGUGGAGAUCCAG